CUGAUAGAAAAAGCAAGAAGCAGAAACUCGGCGUCUCUCUUAGUGAGAGAGCGAAGAGAAGCAAGCACCAAAGAAACUCGUCGUCUCUCUUCGUGAGUGGUGAGCUUUUCCGGUCUCUCUCUGUUCCUCUCAGGGCGACAUCUUCCUCUUUCCCGACAUUAUGAAUCCCGACGAUGUGAAGCCCUCUCAUGAGAGGGGGCAGCAAAAUGAGAAGAGUCUGAAAGAUGAUAGCUUAGUGGAGAACCAGAUCACUGAAGAGAGCAAUCUUGUGGUCACUGAAGAGAGUCUCACUGUUAAGACUAUGAAGGGUAGGGUUUUUGAAGUCAUGGUCCAACCGACUAACACGAUAAUGUCUAUUAAGAAGUUAAUAGAGGAUUCAGAAGGGAAGGACAAUUAUCCAUGUGGGGAGCAAUUGUUGAUUCACAAUGGGAACAUUCUGAAAGAUGAUGAAGAGUUAUGGCUGGAGAGGAAGGCCAAUGAGCGAGGCGUUCUUGUUCUCGUCCUUAAGGAGCAAACUGUUGAGAACCAGGAAAAGGAGCUCUCGUUGUCUACUCAAAACUCUGAAUCUGAAAGCUCUGAAUCUGAAAGCUCUGAGUCUGAAAGCUCUGAGUCUGAUGGAGAGAUUGAUUACGAGGCAUUUUGUACGGGACUACAAUUUGUUGUGAUGGACGAAAGCAAAAUUGGACGUAGGGAAGGAUACGAGUUGGUGGAGGAGAUCACAAACCAGCCACUCCAGCUCCAAAAUCCGUUCAACCUGUUCUGCAGGGCGUUUAACACUGGAAACGCAGAAGAUGAUGAUAUUGAUACCGAAGUCACAAUACAUGUUGUUUUUCGAGCAGCUCGAGCUGCCGGCUGCGAAUUCGGACGGUUUCUUGCACUUGGUGACGAGCCCCCAAGAUCAGGUUUGAUUCCAUCACGAACCAGCUUUAACUUACUCGCCGAAACUUGGGUGACAUUUGGGUACUUAGCUGGAAGAUACGUGAAGGAGAACUAUCGUUUAGAGAAAAACCUCUACAUGCAGCAGUUUCAUGAUUUCUACAGUCUGAGAGGUUGGAGUGGAGAGUCUAAAGACGCCACUAGUCCCUACGGCUUCGAUCAUCUUAAAACGGCCAAAGGAUGUCAGCGUUUCGUCGCUGAUGCCAUUGAAAGGUCUGGGGAGUUAGUUAGCUACAUAUCAGGAAUGCCUUCGUCUCCAGAGAUUAUUAAAGCCAUGGAUGAGAUUUCAGACACGGUUUGUUCUGUUGUUGACUCUGCUGAACUUUGUCGACAAACCCAUCCUGACAGUGAGUUUGAUGAGGCAGCUCAUAAAGCAGCAAUGGAUAUGAAUGACUAUCUACAUGUGAGGGGCAUGUUGAUAUGUUUCCAGUAUCACGCAUCCCUCGACACCUGCAUCAUCUUCUCAGCCCUAUCUACAGGUCCAUUUCAGGGGGUCUCAGAGGGUCCGAAACAGAAGGGAUUUCAAAUACCUACUGAUCCACGAACCCUUUCUUCCAUUUUGCAAUGGACAUCAGACGAAGAGGUUAGAAAAAUGGUGUAUAUUCAAGGGAACUCUGUUCCUCACGCAAAUCACGGUGUUCUUGAGAAGCUUAUUGCUUCACGCCAUGAGCUUGCCCAGGAAUACAUUGCCACUAGAGACUUCAAAAGAGAGAAAUGUGGUGAUACAUCUGCUGAAUUAGAGCCAUGGGAUGAAGCUUACUAUACUUCAAUGAUGAAAUCCUCCGUCAAUGAUGUGGACACUGCUGGUGAUCUCGGGUUUAUUUACCUUGACUUGUUCUCAAGAAAAGGCAAGUACCCUGGCUGUGCUAGCUUUGCAAUCAAAGGAGGACGCAAGAUUUCUGAGACAGAAUACCAACUUCCUGAUUACCAACAUUUUUCCGGUACUCGGGUGGCUCUUGACUUAGCGGAAAUGCCUUCAAAUCUAUUUGAGUACUAUGCAUGGGACUAUCGCCUCUUGAAGAGAUUUGCUCGGCACCACUCAACCGGUGAGAUAAUACCCGAGAAGUUGGUGAACUCAUUACAAGGUGCGAGGAACAUGUUUGCAGCAACUGAAAUGCAACGCCAGGUGUUUUAUGCGUUGAUAGACCAAAUGAUAUUCGGAGAACAACCAGAGCCAGCAAGAGACAUGAGUCAACUCGUGUAUGAACUGAAACGGGAACACACGAGCUGGAACCAUGUCGAUGGAACACAUUGGCAUAUCCGGUUCAGUCACCUACUUAACUAUGGAGCAGGUUACUAUAGCUACAUCUACGCCAAGUGCUUUGCGUCAACGAUAUGGCAAUCAAUAUGUGAAGAGGAUCAGAGAGAAGUUUUUCAAACAUGGAGGAGCUAAAGAUACAGCUGAGCUGCUCAAGGGUCUUGCAGGCAAAGAGAUCAUUAGUGUUCAUGGUGAAGGCAUUGUCCCUGCAACCACAGAGCUGAGACUAUAAAUGAAAGAAUGUGCC